UGCUGUUAAGUCCAAUCUGAAUGUUGUUUCACCAUGGGAAGUGUUCUUUAGAUAGCUUUUUUUUUUCAGCAUUACAUAUGGUUUUACAAUAACGGAAAGCACAUUUUAUUCCACCUAUAGUUGAUUGAAAAAAUACUAACAUCAAAGCCUGGUGGUGAACGCAUUAUGCAAGAGUAUGGAAAAACCAAAUCUCUGACAGAUACCACCAGAAGACAGAUGAUUAACAUACUUGCUGCUGAGAUGACAGAAACACAUGGGACAUCCCCCCCCAAAAGUGUCAGAGUGAUGUAUGCACAGGGGAUAGUAGCUUUGUUUCCCUAUCUAGAAGACCCAUACUCACAGCAUGGAUAUGAACAUUACUACGAUCCGGAGAGUGGUUCGGGAUACCUUGCAUGGCGAUUGAAGACCAUACAAAGAAAAACAGCAGAGGAGAGAGGUGCCUCAGUCAGCAAAUCUCCUAAAGUUGGUGGGCCAGGCCGUGGUCGUCAGCCCGUCAGCCCUUCAGCCCUUCCGCCAUCUGAUGAGGAUGUGGAAGCAGCUAUUUCUGUUUUGAGACACUCUGCUGAUGAAAAGACUGUCCGCGAGAAGAUGGAAAUGACCUUCAUAUAUCGGCAAGCAAUGGUCAACGAUGAAGCCAAAUCAUCAGAUGUCUUCUUGGUCUUCCCACGAUUUCUGGACACACCAGGACUGAUAGAACAAGAUUUCAGACUUAUGUUUGGUGAGACCACGGCCAACAAAUUCUUGGAGAAGUGGCCAACCACUUUCAAAGCAAAAGUAAUAAAGGAAAGUCACGGACUUGUACCCACCACAGAGCUCUUGGAUUUGAUCCACAAUGCUGAGUCAGCUGCUGAAGUUGAGAAUGGCUGGGACAGUGACAUGUCCGCCAUCUUGCUGCUGCUACAUUUGCUACCACCAUCUGCACAAGGUAGAAAGAGGCCGGGAAAGCUGUCUGCAUAUCAAGCUGUAGAUCAGCUCAUCAGAUUUCAAAAGGUUGGAACCAGUGUGCAGCAACAUCUAGAUAACAUCACCCAAAGCAGUCAGCCCUACCUUCUCGCCCAGGGAUCCACACAGAGCACCAUUCACUCAUACUUCAUUGUGGUUGACAAGCAUGCACUUCCAUGCAAGGCAAAAGGUUCAGUUGGAGUUUUUGACGAACUCUUUAAAGCCCAUUACGUCUUUGAGAAGCGUUCUGAGGAGGCUACUUCUAUUUCCACAGCACCCACGAGAGGCACCGGAGUGCGCUCGUGA